AGGGUCUAUAGAGCAACCCAAUCUAUUAAAGUAUUCAUAUCAUGUGAAGAAGAUGAUUUAUAUCCAACAGUAUGGCCCAUCAAGGGCAGUAGUAAUAGUAGAGACAUAUCAUCACCUUAUAUUUUAAAACAUCUAUUGAAUAAUAAAGUCUAUGAAAAGGAAAGAAUUGUUUUAAGCAGUGUUGUCAUGACUGGACAAUGGACAAUGGACAACACUGGACAAAAAAUGCUGUCCAUUAUUCAUUGA